AUGGAUCUCAAAAAGAUUUGCUGCUCCGGAGAUAAUUGUUAUUGCUGCAACUGUUGCAAUGCUACUGCUUCUCAAAGAGAAAUAUGCCCAUGUUGCAGACAAAAGAAAGCUUGUGUGACGGAAAGCGAAAGCUGCUCUCCUAAAGCAAAAUCCUGCUCCUGCGGAGAGAAAUGUAAGUGUUGCAUCGACGGAUCCUGCAAAAGCAAAGAAACCUGCUCCUGUGGAACAGUUUGCUCUUGCUGCUCCGAUGAGUCAUGUCAAAGCAAAGGUGGCUGCUCCUGCGGAGAAGUCUGCAAAUGCUGCAUCGGCGGUUCCUGUAAAACCAAAGGAGCUUGCUAUUGUGGAGAAGCCUGCAAAUGCUGCACCGACGGGUCCUGCGAAUGCAAAGAAUUCUGCUCUUGUGGAACAGUUUGCUCUUGCUGCUCCGAUGGGUCCUGUCAAAGCAAAGGUGUCUGCUCCUGCGGAGAAGCCUGCAAAUGCUGCGUCGACGGUUCCUGUAAAACCAAAAGACUUUGCUCUUGCGGAGAAGCCUGCAAAUGCUGCACCGACGAGCCCUGCGAAUGCAAAGAAGCCUGCUCCUGUGGAAAAGCUUGUACUUGCUGCGCCGAUGAGACCUGUCAAAGUAAAGGUGGCUGUUCCUGCAGAGAAGCCUGCAAAUGUUGCAACGACGGCCCCUGUAAAACCAAAAGAGCUUGCUCUUGUGGAGAAGCCUGCAAAUGCUGCACCGACAGGUCCUGCGAAUGCAAAGAAGCCGCCUGCUCCUGUGGAAAAACGUGCACUUGCUGCGCCGAUGAGUCCUGUCAAAGCAAAAAAGGCUGUUCCUGCAAAGAAGCCUGCAAAUGUUGCAGCGACGGUUCCUGUAAGACCAAAAGAGCUUGCUCUUGCGGAAAAGCCUGCAAAUGCUGCACCGACAUGUCCUGUAAAUCCAAAGGAGCUUGCUCUUGUGGAGAGGCCUGCAAAUGCUGCAUUGACGGUUCCUGUAAAACCAAAAGAGCUUGCUCCUGUGGUGAAGUUUGCAAUUGCUACGCCGAUUGGCCCUGCAAAAGCAAAGAAGCCUGCUUCUGUGGAAAAGCUUGCACUUGGUGCGCCGAUGAGUCCUGUCAAAGCAAAGGUUCCUGCUCCUGCGGAGAAGUCUGCAAAUGCUGCAUCGACGGUUCCUGUAAAAGCAAAGAAGUCUGCUUCUGUGGAGAAACUUGCAAUUGCUGCGCCGAUGGUUAUUGUAAAACCAAAGUGGGUUGCUCCCGUAGAGAUGUCUGUAAUUGCUUCAACGACAGUUUCUGUAAAACCAAAGGAGCUUGCUCUUGUGAAGAAGCCUGCAAAUGCCGCACCGACGGUUCCUGUAAAAGAAACGGAACCUGCUCAUGUGCAAAAGCUUGCACUUGCUGUGCCGAUGUUUCCUAUCAAAACAAAGGUGGCUGCUCCUGUGGAGAAAGCUGCAAAUGUUGUUCUGACACAACUUGCAAGGCUGUACAAAGUUGUCCAUGUGAAAAUGAUUGCAAGUGCUGUGCUGAUGGAUCCUGCAAGAGCAGAGAUGAGUGUUCAUGUGGAGAAAACUGCAGAUGCUGUGCUAACGGAACUUGCAAGACAGUCGAGCGUUGUUCAUGUGGAGAUGAUUGUAAGUGUUGCUCAGAUGGAUCCUGCAAAAGCAAAGCUGGGUGCUCUUGCGGGGAAAGCGGCAAAUGUUGUUAUGAUGGAACUUGCAAGGCUGUAGGAAGUUGUUCGUGUGGAAAUGACUGCAAGUGCUGUGCUGACGGAUCCUGCAAGAGCAAAGGAGAUUGCCCCUGCAGACAAAACUGCAGAUGUUGUGCUGCUGGAACGUGCAAGGAAAUGGAAAGUUGUUCUUGUGUAUGCGACUGCAAAUGUUGUGUUGAUGAAUCCUGCAAAAGAUUUGACUCGUGUAGAAAGAACUGUGCGCAGCGAUCUUGCAAAGGAUCAUGCUAA